GACGUUCGUAUUGAGGGGCGGAGUUGGGGGCGGUUUGAAAAGUGUAUAAAAUAUUUGUCCCAUCCACCCCCAGGGCAGACCACCAACAAGCAGGUGAAGUGUAACGACGAGCCGCGGACGGCGAACGAACACAUCGACAGAAAAGAACGGCAUUAAAACAGCAACAUGUUCAACAAUCCUUUUCGCACAUACCAGUUUGGUGAUAUGUUACCCCAGCUUGGGGACAUGAUAGAAAUCUCUCGCAACACCUACCAGCAUUGGGCCUUGUAUGUGGGCAACGGUUGUGUUGUUCAUUUGACUCGACCCGGGAAGUUUGCAGACUUGAACGCCAACGGCUACUUCUGCAAGGAUAUGGCCGUGGUGAGGAUGGAUACUUUGCACGAGGUGUUGGACGGCGACAAGUACAGAGUCAACAACGUUAUGGACAACUCGUACAAACCCCGCCCAAUUUAUGACAUCUUGAGGGAGGCCCUGGAGCAGGUGGGCAAGGUGCUGCACUACUAUGUCCUUAGUGCAAACUGUGAGCAUUUUGUCACCAAACUGCGUUAUGGCAGCGCAGUGUCCCGCCAGGUGCAAAAACUCUUUUUGAUGGGUCCUGUGGGCUGGGUGACUGCAAUGAUCCUUGCCGCCAGAGACACAAGCAUCAGCUCCACCCCCAGGUCUGCUAUGUCGCUCCACCGCCAGUAAAGAGCCAGUUCCAGUUCCCAGGAAGUCCCGACAACGUCAACUACUCCUUGUUUAUUUCACAGAAAUGACUUGUAUUCACUUCUUGUAUGUCUUCAAGAGUUAAGCGUUUUAAGAUCUACUAGCACCAUAGUUAUUUUGGUCCAGAACAAAUGUUACAUUGUGUUGGUCAUUUCCGCAGUUAUUUCACUUCUGUAUCAGUAUUGGAUGUCCAAGUAUUUCUUUUUUUAAUUGUAUUGAUUUGUCUCCUUGCAUGCAUCUUUUUAUUAAAUUGCACCUGAGACUAUUCUCAAAAAACA